AUGAUGGCUACUCGCCCCCGCCUGCGUCUUUUCUCGGCCAUGCGCCUUCCAAUCCCCGCACGUCGCUUCGCGACCGAGUCGCGGUUAACCUCGGACCAUGUCCGCAUUGUGGAGGUUGGCGCUCGAGAUGGCUUGCAGAACGAGAAAAAGUCCAUCCCGAUGCAAACGAAGCUCGAGCUGAUCAAAAGAUUGGCUAAGACGGGUGUUACUACCAUUGAAGCUGGCUCUUUUGUGCCCGAAAAAUGGGUACCACAAAUGGCAAGCACGGCUGAGAUUUGCGAACAACUUCUCACAAACCCACCGCAAGCUCAAUCUACAAUCGCAUACAACUACCUUGUUCCCAACAUCAGAGGACUAGAGAACCUGGUCAAGAUCAUUGAGAAAACAGGGGUCCCUGCGGACGCGACCGGUGAGACUUCAAAGGCAGCGACAACCUCGGAGGUGUCUCUCUUUGCCGCGGCAACAGAGGCAUUCUCGAAGGCUAAUACCAACUGUUCCAUUGCCGAAUCUCUCGAGCGCAUCAAGCCGAUUGUUUCAUUAGCCAAGACAAAGAAUAUCCGGGUGCGUGGGUACGUUUCUGUUGCACUAGGAUGCCCCUACGAGGGCCCCGAUGUGGAUCCCGCCAAGGUAGCUGAGAUCACCGCCACACUGCUGGAGAUGGGAGCGGAUGAAGUCUCGGCUGCCGGAAUUGCCAAUACAGACUUGGCAUUGCACUUCCACGAUACAUAUGGACAGGCUUUGGUGAACACGAUCGUCGGCCUGGAGCAUGGCGUCCGCAUCUUCGACAGCAGCGUGGGUGGGCUCGGUGGUUGCCCGUAUUCCAAGGGUGCAACGGGGAACGUAGCGACUGAGGACCUUGUGCAUACAAUUCACAGCCUUGGGAUGCACACAGGAGUCAGCCUUGAAGAAAUGUCAAAGAUCGGAGGCUGGAUCAGUGGGGAACUGGGCCGAGCUAAUGGCAGCCGGGCUGGAAAGGCAACUCUUGCUCGUCUCUCGGAAGAAAAGGCGUCACUUUGA